UGUCUGAUCAGAAACAGACCAUAGGCCUACUACCAACCAUUGAAGAUGUUGUGUCUGUUGAUCCUAAUUUUAAGCAUCAUAAAUAGAGUUUAUCUUUCAGAAAUUAUAGCACGAGGAGACACUGGUGUUGAGUUUGGUCAGGAUGCUUCAUUCUCUUGUACGCUGCCAGACGCAUCUGCUGUCAAACAAGUCACGUGGCAGCGGGUGCGUGACCAGGAACCGGUACAAACUCUGGCUACAUACAGCGCGCUCUUCAACGAUUAUGUGGAUGAUCAGUAUGUCGGAAAGGUCAUUUUCACCACGGCGUCAGUUAAUUCUUCAUCCAUUGAGAUCAAAAACACAACAUUUGAUGACGAGGCUUGCUACAUUUGUUCCUUCAAAGUGUACCCAUUCCAACCUAAACGACAAACCUUGUGCCUCGCUAUUAAAGGUAUUUCAGAAAUAACAGCAUCAGUGAACCCUGCACUCAGUUCUGAUCCAGAUGUUGUAGUCUCAUGUUCAGCUACUGGUAAACCAACUCCAACUAUUCACUGGAAAUCUGCAGAGAAAGAGCUGGACAACUUUUCAAGUAAUUUUAAAACUCUGAAUAAAGACAGCUCAACCACCGUUACAAGCAACCUCACGCUUCCACUCUCACAGUUUCAUGGGCUGUAUGUGGAAUGUGUUGCUAAGAGUGACAGCAUGGAGAAGAGCAUCCGAAUCAAUGUGUCUGAAGAUCAUAAUAAAGUGAAUGCUACACCAAGAAGUUACAUCAUUACAGUUUCAGUCCUCAUCAUCAUGGCUGUUGUGGUUAUUAUCAUUAUUGUCAUCUGUUCUCUCACCAGACUAAAGAGAGCCACUUUUGGGAUAAAAUCUACUUAUGAGGAACCCCUUAAGGAGGAAUGUUAACUCGACAGCUUCCUCAUAGUCUGCUUUUUUGCUCAUGACCUUUGAACUGUUUGGUUCUAACUAGUGUGUUCCUUAAAGGAAUCAUGAAUUUCCUAUCUAGUAUUUAUUUAUUUAAUUUAUUUAUUUAUGUUUACAUUACUGUGUAGUAUUCCAUGGCAUUAAUACAGUUAAAUAUAUUAUAUUUUACCACUACGUAAGAGUAUUUUGAUCACAGUGAAUAACUAUUUCAUUGACAGAUGAUAUUCAUACUGUAACUUUAGAUUUUCAGGUUUAUACCUUAGCAAUUUAUGACUCAGAUUAAUGUACCGCCAUGCACUAAAGUUAGUUUAGUUUUUUGUUUUUUAGUUCUUAAAUGUGUCUUCUGUUGAGUCUAACUGUGAUUUAUAAAUUCCUAAGUGCAAGCUUGAUAUAAGUCUUGAUGUUGUGGUAUGGUUUUGUGUUGAGUGAUGACAGAGAUUUGGGGAAGAAAAAUAUUGUUACCCAAUACAGAUAAGUUAAAGAAUGAGAAACCUAGUUUUCAGCAGUGUGAAAUAAAGUGAAAGUUAUGUCAUUAAUGGAAGCAGAAGCUGUUUUGGGGUUUCCAGCAUGACCUUUUUUGAAGGUUGUCCUGAGAGAUGACUGCUAUUGUUAAGUAAGUAUUUAUACUAUUGUUAUUUGUUGACUGCAGUAAGCUUGCUAAAAGUAAGUGUAUCUAGAUGGCAAGAAUGACUGUAAAUUAAAUCAUAAAAGGAUAAACAUUUUUUGUUUCUGAAAAAGAUUUCAGUGUGAUAUGUAUGUAUUUAUAUGUAUGUUACAAUAUAUGUCUAACCUGUUAAUGCAUGUUAUGUAAUUGCACUGAAUAAAAAAAAAAGUGAACUGUUGGA